AUGUCGCCGGAGAUCCAUCUGUUGACCAUGUCCAAUGCAGAGAUUGGCUGGUCGUAUGGGACCAUGUGGCCGGCGUCGUACACUCUAGCAAAUGUGAACUGGCCGUUACUCUUGACCUCUCCUGCAGCAAGACCGUCUUCCAAAGUGUACCAGUUUUUGAACUCUGCGUUCUGGAAAGACGUGGUGUUGGUCCACUCCAAAGCCUCGGUCCAGGCAAGGUUUCCCAGCCAGUUGCAGAUAAGCAUUGGAGUUCCAGGAGUAUGGGUUGUAGAUAGGCUUGAGUGUGGUACCGUUGAUCGACGAUGGGCCAAGCUCAAACAGACAGCCAGUAAGAGAACUGCAGCCAGGGCCACCAUUGAGCCAGAGAAUGACAGGGUCCUUAGCAGGGUCGUUUCUGCUCUCAAAGAACCAGUAGAACAGAUGUUUAUCGUCUUCGUUGAUAUCGAAAUAUCCUGCAGACUGUUUCACGGUGUCCACGCCAAGACUCAGUGGGUCAUUCUUGGCCUUGUUAAUUCUCAACUGGUAAUUUGGGAGUUUGUCGAGAGUAACAACCUCUGCCUCUUUGUUUGCCACCAAGGUAUCAACAGGGAAAGAGCUUGUGAUUGGACAGACGGCGUUUUCGAAGUUGUUGUAAGCUUUUUUCAGAGAUUCCAGGUCCAUGGACUCUUCCAAGAAUUUCCAAGCCUGUCUCACGUCAUCUUGAAGGACGGAGUCGAACUUGUGUUAAAAGCAGCUAAAAUUCUGGCUUCUUUCAUCAAGCCCAACCAAUUGUUCGGAGCUGAUGAGGUGAUCCCCAGAGACGUUCUUUUACAGGCCAAGGGACUGGCGGUGAUCACCGUGCUCAAGGCCGGUUUCCUGUUUUCGGGCAGAGCUGGUUCAGGUGUGGUGGUGGCUAGACUUCCCGACGGCUCGUGGUCUGCUCCGUCCGCCAUCGUCACUGCCGGUGCCGGUGUGGGUGGUCAGGUCGGUGCAGAGGUCACAGACUUUGUUUUCAUUCUCAACACCCCCGCUGCCGUCGAGUCGUUUGCCCAAUUCGGUUCGGUCACCUUGGGUGGUAACAUUUCUGUGGCUGCGGGUCCUUUGGGAAGAAACGCUGAAGUUGCCGGAUCUGCCUCGUUCAAAAACGUGGCUCCUGUCUUCGCCUACUCCAAGACAAAAGGUAUCUUUGCCGGUGUCUCUGUCGAAGGAUCUGUGCUUGUCGAAAGAAGAGAGGCAAACAGAAAAUUCUACGGUGACAUGUGCAAGGCCAGUCAGAUCCUCGGAGGCCGCGUGAGACCGCCAGCCGCAUGUGAAUCCCUCAUGAGAGUCCUGAAUAGCCGUGCCUUCACAAGAGCAAGCGACAAUGGAGAAUACUACUCAGACGACGAAGACUACUACAACGAUAUCCCUUCGGAAUUUAGCUCGGAAAACUCGUCCGCAAGAUACAACUCGCGCAGAUCAUACGGCUCAGAAGACGAAGACUACUCGGAUGACGAUUCGCCCCGUUCCCAUUACCACCGCUCCUCUCCAGCCACCACUGCGUCCCAUUCGAGAAAACCAACGUCUUGGGAAGACGACGUUUACGAUAGAUACGAUAAAAAGAAAUCGUUUUCCGCCGAGGCAAGAUCGGCAGGUUACAGACCUCGUUCAGAGAAACCAGACUUCGGAUACGGCUCCAGCCGCUCGAGUGCAGGUCCUUCAGGAUCCAAGAAAGCCAUUGCUCUUUAUUCGUUUGCAGGGGAGCAACAGGGCGACCUGGGUUUCAAGAAAGGUGACGUUAUCACCAUCAUUCAAAAAUCAGACUCAACAGAUGAUUGGUGGACAGGAAGAAUCGGCACGAAAGAAGGUAUCUUCCCUGCAAACUAUGUCGAAUUGGUCUCCUUACCAAGAAUAUCUGUAGCAAAGUCUCCAAUAACCUUAUCGAUUUGGCUUCUUAGCUCGGGCCUUUGGGUAUCCCGCUCAAAUCUAUCCUUCACGACGCUUUGGCUACCAUGCAACUUAUCAUUCUCCACAGAUUUAGUGAAUGCUGCUAAUUGGUACAUUUUGGAAGGAUCCAAAUUCAGGUGCGAGACAGCGUUGUUGACCGACUCCUGGUUGGUCAUAGUGACAAGUGCCCAACAACCUUUCUUUCUUGGGACUUUCCGGGCCAAAACAGAAAUCACCUCUCCAUACGGCUCCACUAGACUUCUGAUCACAUCCUGUUCGAUAUCCAAUGGAAGGUUACGAAUGAAGACAGAAAACUGGGUGCUUGGUUCUUCUUUUGUUUCAGUUGGUUUGGUAGCUGGUGAAAAAACCGGAAUAUCAGAAAUAUCCUUCUUUUCGCCCAAUUUGCUACCAGAAUUGGCGGUAGCACCAAACAGAUCUCUGUCUUUCUUUAAGAUGUGGACGCCAGCAUACACAAGUUUCCCAUCCAUGGUUUCUGUAGGGAUCUUGACAGAAAUCAAACCAGGGAAACCGUUGAACAACUUUUUCAAUUCCGACUCGUUGACCGUCUUAUCGAGAUCUCCAACAAACAAAGACGUCAAUUGUUUGGUAGGAGUGAAAAAAGUGGAGGAGAGAUAUGUUGGGGCUGUUUUUGUUGACGAGGCUAUGUCGACAGCAUUCUUGGAGAUCGUGACAAUCUCGGCGCUUGAAUCCGAAUCUGUCGGUUCCUUUUUGGUAUCUGCCUUUCCCUCGUUUGGUGUUGGCUGUUUUGCUGGUUUUGAUGACAAUAAUUGA